GAGAUCAUUGCUAACUUGGAAGAGGCCAACACGAGAACGGGAAGGGCACAAGAAGAUGAAUUAAACGCACUUAAAAGCAGAUACAUGGAAGAGCUGAAAUUCGUUCAAUCUGAGGCCGAUGCUGAGCGGGUUGCCCACGAAAAAACUAAAGCAGCAUUAAAUUCAAAAGACGAAGAAGUCAACCAGUUGUCUGUCGCUCUAGAUGCAAAGGAAGACGAAAUCGCGGAACUGCAGUAUCAAGUAGAUAGUUGGAAGGGGGUUGCUGCUCAAAAAGAAGAAGCAAAUUCAAAAGUAGAGCAAAAACGAGAAGAAGAGAUAAACAAAUUGAAAAGACGACAUGCCGACGAGUUGAAGAACAUCCAGCAUCAAGUUGAACUAGAACAACGGGCUCAUACUAAAACUAAGCAACAGUUUGUCGAAUAUCGACAAUCGGCACAAGAAACGUGGGAGAAGAAAAUGGCCGAGUUGCGAGAGUGA